GUAGAUACGUCGCUAAAUUCCACUGCGUGGAAAAUCGGAGGAACCGUUACCUACUGUCUGUUUAUUAUCGUUUCACUCGCCGCAAAUUCUCUCAUUGUUACGAUCGUUUAUAAAACGCCGAACUUAAGAAAACCGAUAAAUUAUUUCAUCGCAAACAUGGCCUCAUCUGAUCUGCUGUAUCUAAUAUUCUUUAUACCUUGGAACCUGUCCCACUUGAACACCAACUCGUUUCUUAUCGGUGGUCAGCUUGGUCAGGCCUUUUUAAGCUUGUCCCCUUCUUUGCAGACGUUUCCAUUGCCGUUUCGAUUCAGAAUCUGA